AGACUCCGCCCCACUAGCCUAAGGCUCCGCCUCUAGGUCGAUCUGUUUUCCCCGCCCGGGCACCCGUGGCGACCGCAAAGGCGGCGACGGUGCUCGAAACUUGACGCGAUGGGGCUUCCCGAGGAGCGUGGCCGGAGCAGCAGCGGGAGCAGGGGCCAGGAGGAAGCUGGAGCCGGAGGCCGGGCGCGGAGUUGGUCUCCGCCGCCUGAGGUCAGCCGCUCCGCGCACGUCCCCUCGCUGCAGCGCUACCGCGAGCUGCACCGGCGCUCUGUGGAGGAGCCAAGGGAGUUUUGGGGUGACAUUGCCAAGGAAUUUUACUGGAAGACUCCAUGCCCUGGCCCAUUCCUCCAGUACAACUUUGAUGUGACUAAAGGGAAAAUCUUCAUUGAGUGGAUGAAAGGAGCAACUACCAACAUCUGCUACAAUGUACUGGAUCGAAAUGUCUAUGAGAAAAAAAUUGGAGAUAAAGUGGCUUUUUACUGGGAGGGCAAUGAACCAGGGGAGACCACCCAGAUCACAUACCAUGAGCUUCUGGUCCAAGUGUGCCAGUUCAGCAAUGUUCUCCGAAAACAGGGCAUUCAGAAGGGUGACCGAGUGGCCAUUUACAUGCCUAUGAUCCCAGAGCUUGUGGUGGCCAUGCUGGCGUGUGCCCGCCUUGGGGCUUUGCACUCCAUUGUGUUUGCAGGCUUCUCUGCAGAGUCUCUAUGUGAAAGGAUCCUGGAUUCUGGUUGCAGCCUUCUCAUAACUACAGAUGCCUUCUACAGGGGGGAAAAGCUUGUGAACCUGAAGGAGCUGGCUGACGAAGCCCUGGAGAAGUGUCAGGAGAAGGGUUUCCCAGUGAGAUGCUGCAUUGUGGUCAAGCACCUAGGGCGGGCAGAGCUGGGCAUGGGUGACUCUCCCAGCCAAUCUCCCCCAAUUAAGAGGCCAUGCCCAGAUGUACAGGGUAAGCUGAAAGAGAAAUCCAAGCGUGUCCGGCCCCAGAUCCCAUGGAACCAAGGAGUUGACUUGUGGUGGCAUGAACUCAUGCAAGAGGCAGGGGAUGAGUGUGAGCCUGAGUGGUAUGAUGCUGAGGACCCACUCUUCAUCCUGUACACUAGUGGCUCCACAGGCAAACCCAAGGGUGUGGUUCACACAGCUGGGGGCUACAUGCUCUAUGUUGCCACAACCUUCAAGUAUGUGUUUGACUUCCACGCGGAGGAUGUGUUCUGGUGCACAGCAGACAUUGGCUGGAUCACUGGCCAUUCCUACGUCACCUAUGGGCCACUGGCCAAUGGUGCCACCAGUGUUUUGUUUGAGGGGAUCCCUACAUACCCAGAUGUGAGCCGCCUGUGGAGCAUUGUGGACAAAUACAAGGUGACCAAGUUCUACACAGCACCCACAGCCAUCCGUCUGCUCAUGAAGUAUGGAGAUGAGCCUGUCACCAAGCAUAGCCGGGCAUCUUUGCAGGUACUAGGCACAGUGGGUGAACCCAUCAACCCAGAGGCCUGGCUGUGGUACCACCGGGUGGUAGGUGCCCAGCGUUGUCCCAUCGUGGAUACCUUCUGGCAAACAGAGACAGGUGGCCACAUGCUGACUCCCCUCCCGGGUGCCACACCCAUGAAGCCUGGUUCUGCUACCUUCCCGUUCUUUGGUGUAGCUCCUGCAAUCCUGAAUGAGUCUGGGGAGGAGUUGGAAGGUGAAGCUGAAGGUUAUCUGGUGUUCAAGCAGCCCUGGCCAGGGAUCAUGCGUACAGUCUAUGGGAACCACGAACGCUUUGAGACCACCUACUUUAAGAAGUUCCCUGGGUACUAUGUGACGGGAGAUGGCUGCCGGCGGGAUCAGGAUGGCUAUUACUGGAUCACUGGCAGGAUUGAUGAUAUGCUCAAUGUAUCUGGACACCUGCUGAGUACAGCGGAGGUGGAAUCAGCACUUGUGGAACAUGAAGCUGUUGCAGAGGCAGCUGUGGUAGGCCACCCUCAUCCUGUGAAGGGUGAAUGCCUCUACUGCUUUGUCACCCUAUGUGAUGGCCACACCUUCAGCCCUACCCUCACCGAGGAGCUCAAGAAGCAGAUUAGAGAAAAGAUUGGCCCCAUUGCCACACCGGACUACAUCCAGAAUGCACCUGGCUUGCCUAAAACCCGCUCAGGAAAAAUCAUGAGGCGAGUACUUCGGAAGAUUGCUCAGAAUGACCGUGACCUGGGGGAUACGUCUACUGUGGCAGACCCAUCUGUCAUCAGUCACCUCUUCAGCCACCGCUGCCUGACCACACAGUGAACAAGAUCCUGUCCUUUACCCAGGAUUCCCCCUGCUUGGCUCUCCUAAGUUUUGCCUAUUCUCUCUCCCCUGCCCCAGAAGUGCUGAGGGCCAGGGCUGAUCCACACUAUAUCUACCUUGACCAGCUGUCUGGGACUGGAAACCAGCUUUGGCCCUAUAUGGAGACAACUUUUUUUGACUGCCAGUCAGAAGGGACAGGGCCCAGGUCAGCCUCAGACUGCUGUGCCCCCAGACUGCAAAGAGUUCUCACAGCCCAGAACAGGGAUAUAAAGGCUACCUCUCUAACCCAAGUUAAAUGUCCAGAGGGUAUGUGAGGACCUAGACUGAAGCAGGGAGACAGCUAUGUAAUCUUGUCAGCUCUCUCAGGAAGCACCAUUACUUAUAUUGGGCAUGCACUUGCCCUUAGACACGAUGGUUUGUGAGUUCAGGAACAAUUUAUUAUUUUUAAAAUAUUUUGCUGCUUCUGUUCAGGGUCUGAAUUCCCUUUAGUGCCAGAUGGCAGUAUUGUCUGCCAGGAGCUGUAUGGACAGGUUCAGUCUCCAGGGGGUUUUCAGAUCAUCUUUUUCUUUGAAGGAGUAGAUAUGUUUUUUCCUAGAGCCAGCGGAGGAGCUUGUGUUCCUUGUACUCUGUUCCUACCCUCCCUGAACAGAGCCCUGCCCAUGAGAGACACUCUCAGAUGAAACUCUUUUCUUGCCCUAGUGAUGCUCAAGCCCUGUGGUUGUAGGAAUAAAGUCUGUGACCUCAAGAAGGUGGUGACUUCUUUUUUUAGGUAUCCGUGUAGUAAGGCUGUAUAGUCGUUAGCUGCUCUGAUUUGUGUGGGAGAUGGGAAGGGGAGUGGUAUUCCCCAGACUAUCCCAAUCUUUCUUCCAGAACUUUUGGUUUGGGUAGAGCUAGGCAGAGCUUCACUCAAAGGCCCUUUCACAAGUCCCUGAGUUAAGUAGGAAAGUGAUUAAAGCCAGUUCACAACUGUGA